GUAACAUCAGUUAUUAUGAGUCUUGGUAUUAUGUGCUGGAUAAUAGCAGUUGCACAAUUUCGCAUAAAAUCUGGUGCUAUAAAAUAUAGCCCAAUUUCAACUACAUUAGAUCAGUGUGAAGCAAGAAAUUUAAAUUUCGUGCUUAACUCAAUAGCCAAAAAUGGCAAUAAAAACAAAUUAUCUGAAGAUUUUGAAGUAACUCCGACUCCAUUAGUGACGACUGCAUUUACAAGCAAUAGAGAAUUUUCCAUAUUUGAAAUCUCUUUCUUUUGGUAUAAAGUUGUCGGUGCUGCAAUUAUUUGGAUUGUAGCAAUUCCUUUGAGCUACUUUUGGAAAGUGGAUAAACAUGAAAAAAUUAAUCCCAAGCUAUUCUCGCCAUUUAUACGUAAGUUUAUUAGUUGCGACGCAACAGAAAUGGAAGAAAUGUCUUUAAAGUCUCCAAUUUUAAAUGGCGAAAACAAUGCAAAAAUAAUUAUAAGCGACGCUAAACAUGGCAACGACAGUAAAACACAGCAGCUUCUACAAAAUGGAGACAACGGAGUCGUAUAA